UACGACGUGCGCACAUAUCCCCUGAUAUAAGUCCCUGUAAUGUCUAGUUAGUGACGCAGAAAGGUGACAGCCCGAUGGUGGAGAUGUCGACCGAAGAAAUCCAAGUCGUGGACGCACUUAACAACCGAGAAAAAGAGAUUUACAGAACACUGGAUGUUUUUUCCCAUGGAGUAAGCAAUAGUAAAAGUUUAGUCGUAGAAGACAGUAACCGUGAAGUUACGGAGGCCUCCCAGUUGGAUUGUGAGGUCAUUUCCCAGGGGGAUUACCAGGUCACAUCGCAAUCAAGUAUCUUAAAUAUUGUGUCACAAACCAUCGUAGAUGACCAAGACAACAACAACGUCAUCACUGAGGCGCAACUCAGCGACCACGAACUACUCAACCUGCAGACAGGAGCGAAGCUGUACCACGGAGACGGUUUCCCAGUCACCAUCGAAGAGGAAAAAGAAGACGAAGUCGAGGUUUGCUUGGUGUAUGGGCCAAUUUGAGCCGCUUCCUAUCCUGUCCUUCUCACUAGCCCAGACGGCCACUUUCCUUGGUAAUUUUCUCUUUCUGUCUAAUCCGUUUG